CUGUUACAUUUGCAACUUGGACUGGGCUGCUUCUGGGCUGCUCUGGGCUCAGAAAAAGGGGCUGCCUGGGACACUCGAUUGCUUCUCAGAUCCAGGAUUUCCUGGAGCUGGAGGAAGGACAGCAGCCGCUCUCUUCCGGAAGGCAGCGAGCGUGGGCUCCUGCAGCUGCUUUCGUGGAGCUGUCGGCGCCUGUCACCCGCCACUCCUGGGCUCCCUGGCUGGACCUGGCUGGACUGACUCCCUGGCCGCGAUCCCAGCAGAGCGAUGUCUCCAGACCCUUUCUGUCUCCGAGGCGGGAGCAGUGAACUUUGUUCCAGUUUUUCCUGGCCCUCUCCCAAACGGAGCCAGAAGUUGUCUUUUUGAAUUGCUUGCAGCUUUCCCUCUAAACUGAAACCAUUCAUGGAAGCUGAUGGCAAUGCUCUCGUUCCUUUGCGUCAGAAGACAAAAAAGAAAAGUCAAGGGUUCUUCACAAUGAGCCGACGGAGGAUAUCGUGUAAGGAGCUGGGGCAAGCUGAUUGCCAAGGAUGGCUCUACAAAAAGAAGGAAAAAGGAGCUUUCAUUGGCAACAAAUGGAAAAAGUUCUGGUGUGUGCUGAAGGAGUCAUCACUGUAUUGGUACAGCAGUCAGCUGGCUGAAAAAGCAGAAGGAUUUAUCAGGCUUCCAGACUUCAGUGUGGACCGAGCAACAGAAUGCAAAAAAAAGCAUGCUAUUAAGAUCAGCCACCCACAGAUCAAGACAUUUUAUUUUGCGGCAGAAAAUGUUCUGGAAAUGAACACGUGGCUAAGCAAGCUGGGGAUGGCUGUAGACCCUCAGGCACCCAAUGGGAAGAAUGAAGAAGAAUGCUAUAGUGAAAGUGAACACGAUGAUCCAGAAAUAACAGAUACGCCACCUCCCCCCUACAUGGCCCAGUCACAACCUCCUCAGUUGCAGGAUCAACAGAAGUCUUCUUUGACCUCAACCCUGUCAAGUGAAGCAUCUUGCUCUCUCUCAUCUCCUGAAAGCACUUUGAACUCCCAAGAGUCAUCAUCUUCCUUGACGUCCAAAGUGGUUUAUUCUGAGAGGCAGUCCUGGCUUGACCUUGUUAACAGCUCAGCUGUGGAAGAGGGUGAUCAGCCUUUAACUUUCUGUGUACAGAUUCACUCUGAUGAGCAACCAGAAGUAGACUGUGGAGAAGCAGGAGAAAGCCAGAUCUUGCCCAGUGGUGGAUCCCAAAACACUUUAGGUCUGGAUACACAUUGCCUAACUGUGCCAGAUGCAACAGGACAGAAAUCACCAGCCAAAGAUCAGGAAAAAUGUGAUGAUGAUGAGAUGGAGCGACUUUACAAGUCAUUAGAACAAGCAAGCUUGUCUCCCAUCGGUGAUCGUCGGCUGUCAACCAAGAAGGAGCUUAGGAAGUCAUUUAUCAAACGCAGCAAAAACCCUUCCAUUAAUGAGAAACUCCACAAAAUUCGAAUGCUGAACAGCACAUUAAAGUGUAAAGAACAUGACCUGGCCACAAUUAACCAGUUGUUAGAGGACCCAAAGUUGACAGCAAUGAAGUACAGAGAAUGGAGGAACACAAACAUCAUGCUGGUCCAAGAUAUCUAUCAGCAACAGGAGGUCCAGGAUGUGUCCACAGAGAAUAGUGAGGAACAAGAGACAACACCAUUGGCUAUCACUGAAAGUGCUAUCUGAGGCUGUGUAUCAACAGCUCAAUGCAAGAUUUUUUCCCCACAGGUCUUCAUGUAAAGACACUGUUGGGUUCUGAUUUUUUUUUUCCGGAGUGUUCUUCAUAAGGAAAACAACCCCUUCUCCAAAGCUUUAACUCCUUUUGCAAAGCUUAUUUCAUGUCAAAAGAACAAAUCCUUCAAAUUAAAACAGCAUGCUGGAAUCUGGGCUGCAUAUCUAAGAAGAAUAUUUUAUGAAGCAUUGAAGAAAUGUUUUUCCAUAUUGGGAGAAGUAAAUUGUAUAUGUGCAACUUCUGGAUGUCACAGUGCUAUAUAAUAUGAACUGUAUAAACGUCAGAUCCUUGCUGUUGUUUUAAUCAUGUAACUUGGUUGUAAAGGAAGCUACAACAAUUCCAAAAGGAUGUAGUUUACUCUCACUUUUUGACCAUGCAAGGUAACCUGAUAUAUAUAUUUUCAUUUCUACGUUCAUUCACUUUGACAUCUCUACCAGUUGGAACUGAGACAAAUCGAGUAGCAAUUAUGUAUGAAUUUAUACUACAGACCAUUGUCAGGAACCCAGUUUGUGUCAUACCUGAUGUUUUAUGAAUUAGACAUUUAUUUACAGACCAGACCAAGGUACUGUCAUUCUAUAUCAAAAACAGAAGGUCUCUCAAUAUGUUUGGUAAAAUGUAAAUUGCUCUUCAGUGAGGCAAAUAAUGUCUCAACAAGUUUCAAGCUUUUCUUAUGGACUUAACAGAACUUCCUGGAAGGCUAUUUUCUUCUUUCAAUUUUUGAACAAUCAUGAAUAUAUAAGGUACAAGUUCACCCCAAACUCCUAGAUAGCAAGGUGAUCAAGUUUGCAAGGAAGAAGCUAAAUACUUAAAUUCCUGAUGUGGAAGUGAAAGUGUAAAGCAUAGUUGCAAAUAUUUUUGUAAAUAUAUGUCAUUUUAUGGCUUAUAUGAAAGUGUUUAUGUAAUGUAUAUAUGUUUUAUUUAUAUAUUUAUAUAUGCUGAAUUUCCUAAUGUAGAUAGAAGCACAUGGACCAGACCCACUUAUGUGAGUGUACUUACACAGUGACUUGAAAUACUUCUCUGUUCUUUUUUUCCAUUAUGAAUCACAGUAAUGGAUCUAGAAUGGAGAGUACCCUGGGACUUCUGCUGUAACUUCUUCUGUUGUUCAACCUAACUUUGGGAUUUUGAUGAAGAAAAUCUGUGUAAUUUAGGGCAGGAAUAUAAGUUUGCUAUAAAACUUUGGAAUUUCUCUUUGGACAAACAAAAAUGAAUAUAUUAAGAGAUUUUGCUACAGGAUCAUUACAUUUUAGCAUCACUCUUCUCAGUACAGUUUUUUUUUUUCUUUUUUUUUUCUUCCCAUCUUCAGCAUGUGUGCAAGUAUGAGGAUCUUUGCAGAGUGCCAAUUUCUGAAAAGCAGAAAUUAACCCACCAUUCUCCAAUUAAUGCCACUACAAGUACUGGGGAAAUCUGCACUUCUGUUGGCUAUUUUGUGAAGAUAUUGUGAUUGGUAUUCAACAGAUUUUAUCUUUUAAAGUAAAAUACACUAUACAGAUGCAGCCAUA